CCGCUAAAACCCCAUUGGCACAGGAGAUACGCCCUCCCUGCUAAUCGGUGUGCGAACGCAUGGACCGGCGUCAAUCCGGUGGUUAGUAGCGGUUGAUAUCUCCGAUCUCGCAGCCCCUUUACCGGCCCUCGUUCGAAUCAAGCUUUGCACAAACCACGCCCAGCAUUUCACAAUGUCUAGCACUCUCCGCCAUCUUCGUAUCCUAUCCCUACUCCUCCUCUUCGCUUCAUGUACUAUCACCACAUAUGGCAUGCCUUUGGCGCAAGAAGUUGAUUCCGGCGUGACAACGGUAACGAUUGCAACCGUCACUGUGCAGCAAACCCCAUCUGGUUCCUGGAUAUGGGUUCCCGCUGCUAGUACCACGGCUAGCAUUGUCGGAUAUGUACCGAACCCCAAAACACGCGGUACCAUUGGGAUCCUCUUGAGUUGCGUCCUGACCUUAUUCCUAUGCAUCUGGACCACCGUCGCUGUCAAUAUCGAGCCGGUUAUCGAACUCGACAAGAACGCAGGAUGGAUCGCAAAGAUCGAUCACUUCUUGGCCAAGCGGCCGAUAAGGAAGCUCGCCUGGAGUAUCGCAAGCCUCAUGGCGCCCGAAGUCACAAUGUCCAUCGCCGCUUUCGAGAGAUGCUCCGUGAAGCUGCUCCGUGCGGAGCUUGAGAAACGUGUGGCUAAACAUGUGGAGGAGAAACGGAUGGUCAAUAACGGCGGCAUGCAGAUAGCUAAUAUGGACAACGUAAACAACGACGGACGGAAGGCCUACAACGGUGACAGCAAGAAGGUCGACGGUAUAAAUAGCGCAAGCAACGACAGACGGAAAGCCGACCACGACAACAUGAAGUUAUGGGAUGAUUCAGGGUUAUCUACGACCCGAAUCAUACCCAUCCGGACGGAGUGGUCCCUGCGCAAGAGGGCCAAUGGGAGGAGCCAAGAACCGAGCCGGAGCAAUCGAGCGCGGCUGUGGCGCGAUCCUCAGAAACCAGGUUGUAAAUGCCAGAUCAGAGCCUUGUCGAGGGAAAAGAUGCGCGUGAUGGCAAGGAGGGGAUGGCUACCAACUGUCUCCCCGGACUUUGUGAAGGACAAGUCCAAGGUCAAUGCUCUGGCAAAGGCCUUGGCGAUUGGACGAGUGAAAUAUAAGAUUCCCAUGACCUUGCUCGAAAUCCACACAGUCUUGCACGCUCUAUGUGCCGGGACGAUGUAUCUCACUUGGUGGGACAAGCCUGUCGACAUUGACCUCCCGACCGAAAUCUACCUCAAUAACGAGCAAUUCAAAGCUCUAAAGAACGCCUCGGACGACGCCGCCGGAGAACCUAACCCCACCAAUCCUUUCUCGGAAGGAAGGCUCGGUAAGGAUAGCAAAGGUGCGCCAGACAACCAGUACGUGACUUCACGUGCCGGGCUGGGAAUUCUCAUGUACCGGCAGCUCUCGGACGGAAAGAACGUCUUUACGAGCAUCGCGACUCUCGGAGACGCAUUCGACCGGAUCAUCAAGGGCAAAGCAAACAUCAUAUGGGAGACUGUUUUCCUGAGCACCGUGGGGCUCCUCUACGGCGGCCUGCACCUGGCAUCUUGGGACAACCAUUUCGAGAGCAGGUUCGAGGAGCAGGCGUGGAAGGCGUGCGCUGUCAAUACCGCUGUGGCGCUUCUGGGCUUCGUGCUGGAAUUGUGUAUCGGGAAUCUCAUGAGCUCCUAUAAUCCCGAGAAGCCGGCAGUCAAUCCCGCACGGCCAGAAACCAACCAACGAGCAGAUAUCGCGUAG